UCUUGAUGGUCCUCGGGCUUAAUACAGCUUUGAAAGAAACAAACUUUCGCCGUUCGAGUCACGUUGACAGUGACCUUGCGUCUUCCCGCCUCACGGACCUGGCGACUGGCGCGUCCCGAGACUGCUUUUGGUCUUCCUUGCACACUAUGGAUCCCAGUGGCCUAGGCCUGAAGAGUCAUGCUCUGGUUCACUUCUGAGGUGUUGAAGUGGGAAGGAAAUGCCAUGUUCUGAAUCAGCCCCCUGGUCUUAUUUGCAGGAACCCUGUCUGCCUUCAUGAAGAAAAGACAGCAGCAGGAAGGAUGGUGACUAACUGCCUGCCAAAUUGUUUUCAGGAUUCAGUGACCUUUGACGAUCUGGCUGUGGACUUCACUCCAGAAGAAUGGACUUUACUGGACCCAACUCAGAGAAACCUCUACAGAGAUGUGAUGCUGGAGAACUAUAAGAAUUUGGCCACAGUAGGAUGUCAGCUCUUUAAACCCAGCCUGAUCUCUUGGCUAGAACAAGAAGAGUCAAGGACAUUUCAGAGAGGUGUUGUCCAAGAAUGGAAAGUACAACUUAAAACCAAAGAAUCAGCACUUCAGCCAGAGUUUUUGAGAGAACCAGCCUCCAGUGAGAUUAAAAUGGCAGGAAGCCACAAUGGAGGGGAGCUCAAUGACUAUAAAGAGUGUGAAGAUGUCUUCAGUGAACACCCAUGCCUUAAGUCAUAUGUGAUAACUCAAAAUAGUGACAACACAUCUGAGUAUAAUCAGUAUGGAAUAGACGUUCUUACUUUGCAGAAGGAAACCUCAGCUGGAGAGAAACUUUCUGUGUUGAAUCAGUGGGGAAAAACUUUCAGACUGACUCCAGAUGUUGUUUACCAGACAACAUGCACAAAAGAGAAAUCUUUUAAGCACAGUGACUAUGGAAAAUCCUUCGUUAGUCAGUCACACCUUCAGGAAUGUAUAAGAGCUCACAAGGGAGACAGAUUCCACGAAUGGAAGGAAUGUGAGAGAGGUUUUAUACACACCACAAACCUUGCUGUGCAUAUACAAACUCACAAUUCAGAAAAACCCUACAAAUGUAAGGAAUGUGGAAAAGGCUUUAGAUAUUCUGCAUACCUCAAUAUUCAUAUGGGAACUCACACUGGAGACAACCCCUAUGAAUGUAAGGAAUGUGGGAAAGCCUUUACUAGGUCUUGUCAGCUUACUCAGCAUAGAAAAACUCACACCGGAGAGAAACCUUAUAAAUGUAGGGAUUGUGGGAAAGCUUUUACUGUUUCUUCAUGCUUAAGUCAACACAUGAAAAUUCACAUGGGAGAAAAAUCCUAUGGAUGUAAGGAACGUGAGACAGCUUUCACUAGGUCUUCUCAAUUUACUGAGCAUAUAAAAACUCACAGUACAGAGGAUCAUUUUGAAUGUAAGGUAUGUGGAAAAUAUUUUAGAAAUUCUUCAUGCCUUAGUGAUCACUUUCGAAUUCAUACUGGAAUAAAACCCUAUAAAUGUAAGGACUGUGGGAAGGCCUUCACUCAGAACUCAGAUCUUACUAAGCACAUACGAACUCACAGUGGAGAGAAGCCUUAUGAAUGUAAGGAAUGUGGGAAAGCCUUUGCUAGAUCCUCUCGCCUUAGUGAACAUAUAAGAACUCACACUGGAGAGAAACCUUUUGAAUGUGUCAAAUGUGGAAAGGCUUUUGCUAUUUCUUCAAAUCUUAGUGGACAUUUGAGAAUUCACACUGGAGAGAAGCCCUUUGAGUGCCUGGAAUGUGGGAAAGCGUUUACACAUUCCUCCAGUCUUAAUAAUCACAUGCGGACUCACAGUGCCAAAAAACCAUAUACAUGUAUGGAAUGUGGCAAAGCCUUUAAGUUUCCUACAUGUGUUAACCUUCACAUGCGAAUUCACACUGGAGAAAAACCCUAUGAAUGUAAACAAUGUGGGAAAUCCUUCAGUUAUUCCAAUUCAUUUCAGUUGCAUGAAAGAACUCACACUGGAGAAAAACCUUAUGAAUGUAAGGAGUGUGGGAAAACCUUCAGUUCUUCCAGUUCCUUUCGAAAUCAUGAAAGAAGGCAUACAGAUAAGAAAUUGUCAAUGUAAUGAGUGUGGGAAAAGCCUGAAGGUGUCCUCAUCCACUUUGAAGACAUGAACUCUUUGGAGAGAAACCCUACAAAUGUAAGGAAUGUGAAUGUAAUAUCUCAGGUCUUAAUGAACAUUUAUGAAUUCACAGUGAAGAAGACUCUAUGUCAGCAGAAAAUGUAGAAAAGCACUAAAUCCUUAAGCCUUACCUUACAC